AUGGCGUCAGAAUCCAGGAUUCCAGCCACACCGCCUCCAACUCAGAACCCACCUGUCGGCGCGUCUGGCUCUGAAACUCCUCCCGUCAACUCUACCCCUACCACUGGCGCAUCUGCCGGCGGGGUGUCUGCCUCGCCGGCUUCCGCGGCGGGAGCGGCGGGCGAGGAGCAGAUAAUGGAUCUGGAAUCGUACGCUGCGAAUUAUUCCGGCCACACGCGCAUCGUACGGCUGCGAUUCAUCGCGGAGCGGUGCGCCGCUAUUGGCCAGACCGCGAUGGAGCUCGAGGCGCUGCGGAUGGCGGCGGAUGAGUUAAAGCGCGGCGAGAACAGCGCGGCGUAUAAAGAGGUCGUGGCGAAGAUUGCGGGGCGCCUCGGGCCUAAGUACGAGCUGGAUCAGGAGUGGGUGGAUUCUGUGGAGCGACGCGCGGUGCAGAAGCAGGAGAAGCUGGAGAUGGAGUUAAACGGGCGUUCCAGUGCUACGUGCGCACGCGCGACUACUGCAUCACGUCCAAGCACACCAUCGCCAUGUGUGCCUCUCCUCCCCUCCACCCCUCUCACACACCCCAACACCCUUCCUUCGUUCCACACACUGAAGAGCCUUCUUCCCUGUAUCCCCCCUUCCCCUCCUCUUCCCUCCUCCCUUCCCUGCCCUCCUCUGCCAUCAUACCCGCUACAGACGAACCUGAUAAAGGAGUCCAUCCGCAUGGGGUACAAUGAUUUAGGCGACUUUUUCUACUCGCGGGGGGACCUCCAACAGGCCUUCCGGUGCUAUGUGCGCACGCGCGACUACUGCAUCACGUCCAAGCACACCAUCGCCAUGUGCCUCAACGUGAUCGUGGCGAGUGUGGAGCUGGGGCACUUUGUGAACGUGAGCAACUACGUGCAGAAGGCUGAGCGCGGCAUGACUGACCCCAUCGUGCUGGCGAAGCUCAGGAGCGCUGCUGGGCUGGCGAGCUUGGAGGGGCGGAAAUACAAGGCCGCAGCCAGGAAGAAGGCUGAGCGCGGCAUGACUGACCCCAUCGUGCUGGCGAAGCUCAGGAGCGCUGCUGGGCUGGCAAGCUUGGAGGGGCGGAAAUACAAGGCCGCAGCCAGGAAGAAGGCGGAGUGCAACAUGACUGACCCCAUCGUGCUGGCCAAGCUCAGGAGCGCUGCUGGGCUGGCGAGCUUGGAAGGGAGAAAGUACAAGGCCACUGCCAGGAAGAAGGCUGAGCGCGGCAUGACUGACCCCAUCGUGCUGGCCAAGCUCAGGAGCGCUGCUGGGCUGGCGAGUUUGGAAGGGCGAAAGUACAAGGCCGCUGCCAGGAAGUUUGUGAGCGCCAGCUUCGACAUGGGCAGCAGCUACUCGGAGGUGAUAACCCUCUUCGACAUGGGCAGCAGCUACUCCGAGUUUGUGAGUGCCAGCUUCGACAUGGGCAGCAGCUACUCGGAGGUGAUAACCCUCUUCGACAUGGGCAGCAGCUACUCCGAGUUUGUGAGUGCCAGCUUCGACAUGGGCAGCAGCUACUCCGAGUUUGUGAGUGCCAGCUUCGACAUGGGCAGCAGCUACUCCGAGUUUGUGAGUGCCAGCUUCGACAUGGGCAGCAGCUACUCCGAGUUUGUGAGUGCCAGCUUCGACAUGGGCAGCAGCUACUCCGAGGUGAUAGCACCGCAAGACGUGGCGCUGUAUGGGGGGCUCUGUGCGCUCGCCUCCUUUGACCGCGCCGAACUUAAGGUGCUUAUUUAUUCGGAGAUGUCAUAUACCAUUGCGAGAUGCACCAGUGUCUGCCAACCAAAUUCAUGCCAACCGAAUUCAUGCCAACCGCAUUCAUGCCAACCGCAUUCAUGCCAACCGCAUUCAUGCCUGGGGUACUCCGUUGACCUUCCACGUGGCUUAACUCCCCCUUCCCACCUCUCCCUGCCUCUCGUCCCGACCGCUGGCCCCUCCCUUGUCUGCUCCUUCUCUUCUCCCUUGUCUGCUUCUUCUCUUCUCCCUUGUCUGCUCCUUCUCUUCUCCCUUGUCUGCUCCUUCUCUUCUCCCUUGUCUGCUCCUUCUCUUCUCCCUUGUCUGCUCCUUCUCUUCUCCCUUGUCUGCUCCUUCUCUUCUCCCUUGUCUGCUCCUUCUCUUCUCCCUUGUCUGCUCCUUCUCUUCUCCCUUGUCUGCUCCUUCUCUUCUCCCUUGUCUGCUCCUUCUCUUCUCCCUUGUCUGCUCCUUCUCUUCUCCCUUGUCUGCUCCUUCUCUUCUCCCUUGUCUGCUCCUUCUCUUCUCCCUUGUCUGCUCCUUCUCUUCUCCCUUGUCUGCUCCUUCUCUUCUCCCUUGUCUGCUCCUUCUCUUCUCCCUUGUCUGCUCCUUCUCUUCUCCCUUGUCUGCUCCUUCUCUUCUCCCUUGUCUGCUCCUUCUCUUCUCCCUCACUGCGCAUACUCCGUCAACUUCCGCAACUUCCUUGAGCUAGUGCCAGAGGUCAGGGAGCUCAUAUAUGACUUCUACGCCAGCCGCUACGCAUCGUGUCUGAAGAAUCUGGACAAGCUCCGCCCAGGGCUAGAGCUGGACCUGCACCUGCAUGACCACUCAGUCUCCCCCUCUUUUCACCCUUGCCUCUCAACCAUUCCUUGUCUUCCCCCCAACAGCCGCUACGCAUCGCGUCUGAAGAAUCUGGACAAGCUCCGCCCAGUGCUAGAGCUGGACCUGCACCUGCAUGACCACUCAGUCUCCUCCCUCCUCUCUCCCUUUCUGACACCCCGGUCCCCUCAUUGCAGUCGAUAUGCAUCGUGCCUCAAGUACCUGGACAAGCUGCGUCCAGUGCUGGAGCUGGACCUGCACCUGCACGACCACAUAGUCUCCCCCUCCUCUCACGCUUGCCUCUCAAUUACCCCUUCAGAUCCGCCAGCGCGCUCUCAUUCAGUAGCCCCUGGCUUUUCUCCCCCUCUCUCCCUUUCCACCAGCCGCUACGCAUCGUGCUUGAAGUACCUCGACAAGCUGCGGCCAGUGCUAGAGCUGGACCUGCAUAUGCAUGACCACUCAUAUCUGGACAAACUGCGCCCAGUGCUAGAGUUGGACCUGCAUUUGCACGACCACGUGGCAGCGCUCUACCAGCAGAUCCGCCAGCGCGCUCUCAUUCAGUACACCACGCCCUUCAUAUCCGUUGAUCUCCGCACGAUGGCCUCUGCGUUCAACACGAAUGUGGCGGCGCUGGAGAAGGAACUUGCUGCGCUUAUAAUGGAUAACCAAGUGCAGGAGCUUGCAGCACUUGUCAUGGAUAACCAAGUGCAGGUGAGUGGAUGGAUGUGCAUUGGAGGUGGCUCAUAG